AUGAAAGAGCCGUCUUCUCCUCUGCGCCCUCAAGUAACUGUGCUGAGAAGUAACUACGUACGCUCAGCCGAAGCGUUCCUUGUUGACUGGGAUGGAGCCCAAGAGACGUCGUUUGGACGUGAUAGGGGAACUUGGCAGUUCAUGUCCAUCGUCGCACUGCAGGGAGACUCGUACCACCAACGCGACGUCGCAGACGACCUAGAGUCCUUCAUUUAUACUGUUGCUGGGCCUCUCGUAUAUCAUGUUGAGCUUCGCGAUCUGCAGAGGGCGAUAAGGGCGAAGGAAUAUCAAUUGAUGAAGGACGCGGGCGCCGAGAGAUGGCUGGAGAGGUUGAAGAGGGAUUUGGAAUGUCAUAUUGCCGAGGCGGAGAGGCGGGAGAUAGCGAGCGUGGACUAUGAAUGGCUUUCGAAAUGCUUCGAAGAUGCUCUCACUGCCAUGCAGAAGUUCGAGUCGGCCACGGCGUCUUCGACUUCGCAUCCGAGAGCCGGGUCCUUGCGCGUGCGGGACCGCGUCAAGCAUGCCGACGCUGCGGGCGAGGUACAGGAUGGGGACGAAGACGCGAACACGUCGAUGUUGACGGUCAGAUGA